AUGGCUUUUGUCUCCCCAGAUCCAAGUACCACUACCACCUAUAUCUCGACCUUUAUCCCCUUCGCAACCUUGCUCCCCACAACCAGCACUGCCACAACCAAACGCACCUCGAGACUACCUCGCGCCACGACCGACUCAUCUGCCCUACCUUCCUCUACAGCUGAACCGGCCAAAGAUGAUUCGAGUCGAGGCAUGAACGGCGGUGCAGUCGCCGGUCUUAUCAUCGGUCUUCUCCUCCUCCUUAUCUGCUCCGUCGUCGGGGGAAUGGUCCUGUUGAAGAAGCGUCGCAAGCGCAUGAUGGCAGCAGGACGCGGAGACGAAUACUACAAGGGAUACCCUGGAAGCGAGCCUAAAGACCAGCAGCAGCAGCAGCAGCAGCAGCAGCAGCAGCGUGGUGGCCUGGGCGUCUUCAAUCGUAGUAAUUAUAGCGAGGAGGACGAUGAGAGAAAGGGGUUGCUUGGGGGUUUCGCCGGCAUUGUUUCAGGGCUUGUCUCAAGAGCCCGUAAAACAGUUGGUGGCAAUAAUUCGACACAACCAGCACCCAUCCCCUCUGGGCAGCAGCAAUACCAACAACAGCAAGCCAGAGCAAUCAGCCCGUCCUUUGCAUCCAUAUCCGAGAGGGGUGCGUCCCCGAUGCCGACGGGCGGUCUGCCGAGGAUGCUCGACAGUGGCAGGAUGGCGAAUCCUGCUUCGCCCAUACCUGGAAGGUUGCCAACCUAUGGCAGUGGGUCGUCAUUCCAGACACAUCAGAGUGGUGCGCUGCCACCGACGGGUCCACUGCCGACCCAGGGCCUUUCUCAGCAGCCUAUGAUUCCAUUUUUGGGAUACUCACAGGCUGCAACUCUGCCAGUUAUGGCAGGCCAAAUGAUCCAGCCUCAACAGCAGCAGCAGCAGCAGCCAUUGUUUCAGCAACAGACACCGCUCCAGCAGCAACCGAUUACCGCGCCAGCUAGCCAGCCGUAUGUGUACCAGCCAGGAACAGGGCUGGUCUCUGUACCUCUUACCCUUCCUCCUCGACCUCCACCACCACAGCAACAGCAACAGCAGCAGCAGCAGCAACAGCUUAUGCAACCGCCACCAAUGCAGCAACCGGUACAUCAGCAACAGAUCCCUCUCCAGUACGCAGCACAACCAUAUCAGGCAACACCAGCAUUUCAGCAACAACAACAACCGAUCAUGCAAUUCCAAGCACCUGUUUCGUUCCCUCCGCCUCAACUACCGGCCACCACUGCUGCUUCUUCAUCAGUGGUACCAGUAACGACAACAUCUACCAGUACCAGACCUAUCACCCCCGAGGCGAGCACCAUCUUCUUGCCCGGGGAUGCCUCAAGACCGCUUCUCGGUCAGGGCCUGUUCAAGAUCGUGCCCGAUGCCGAGGACCACGAAGAAGCGAAUCGCGUCUCCGCGGUGGUGGCUACUCCUGACAGCGUCCAUACUACUAAUACACCCCUGCAACUGGAUUUAAAUAUCAAUGAGAAUCUAUUGAGUUCUGUGAUCACCUAUGAGAACCAGGACCAGCGAUUCCAGGCAUUGGAGGCUAGGAGGGCGGAGGGGUCGACGUCGAGCGCGGGGCCGUUGUUCGUGGCAGGCAAGGAGGAGCAUUUCAAUGAGAAACAGGAACUGGAUGAGGAAGACUACCAGCAAGACGGUAGGCAGGUAGUGAUUGUAGGGAGCGACAUUGUGUUGGAGCCGUUGCCGAGCGCGAAGGCGGCUUCUAAAGCUGCGCAGAAGGCAGCAUUGGCGGUGGCGACAGUGACGGCGCCGGGUGCUGACAGCAGCAUUCCACAAACGGAGCCAGCACCAUCAUCAUCAUCAGUACAGAGCGGCCAGCAACAGAGCCAGACCAGCCAACGGAGUAGCACGGGUGCGAGCGUGAACGCAGAUCCAACUGUGAGGCCAAAACUGAACCGUGUGGCAACGAUUGGAUCGGCGCUUCCGACGAUGGGUACGGAGGAGUAUCUGGAACGGACGGAUGAUAAGGAAGAGUAUAGCUUUGGGCUACAUGGGGACCGACGCGUGAUGGCGGGGUCCUCGGCAGAGGGUGUGCAACAGGUGGUCCAUCCACCGACGAGGACGGAGUUGGGUGAGGGAGCACAGGGAGGGUUUGAGGAUGUUACGGCAGGGGCGUCUAGUGCUGGUGAUGCAGGAGUGGUGGGGUCGCAGGCAGCAGCGGCAAUGACACCUUUAGCGAAGGCGCCGCCGCCCAUUGCGAGGAACACAAGGCCGAAUGUGAAGAAGUGA